GCUGAGGCCGCGGACGCGGCUGCCGGCGUCAUGGUGUUCCUCGGGGCGCCGCUCCGGCUGCGGAGCCGCCUGGCCGGCCGCUGCUGGCGGAUCCAGGAGGUGCUGAAGCACGCGCGGCACUUCCGGGGCAGGAGGAACCGCUGCUACACGCUGGCUGUCCGCGCCGUGACCAGGGCCUUCGUGAAAGGCACCGCGGCCCGGAGGCAGAAGAAGAGGGACAUGAGGACGCUCUGGAUUAAUCGAAUUACAGCUGCCUCCCAGGAACAUGGCCUGAAGUACCCAGCAUUCAUUGCCAAUUUAGUUAAGUGCCAGGUGGAGCUGAACAGGAAGGUACUUGCAGAUCUAGCCAUCUAUGAACCAAAGACUUUUAAAUCUUUGGCUGCUUUGGCAAAGAGGAGGCGAGAGGAAGGAUUUGCUGCUGCCUUGGGGGAUGGAAAGGAGCCCGAAGGCAUAUUUUCCAGAGUGGUGCAGUAUCACUGAGGCUCAAGCCGUGUGGACCAAGAAAAGGCUUUUUCCCCCGAUGAUCAUAGUAACUAAGAUACGAGCAAAAUAUUUAGUCACAAGUUUGUAAGUUUGAUUUGUAAUUGUGUUUAUUCACAUUUCAGUAAGAGGCAUGAGAGAAAAGGCCCUUCUCUUAGUGGGACAAAUCCACAGAACUGUCUCAUAAAGAUCAUGCAAAUAAAGCCCACGUGGUGUUCAGCUUGA